AUGGGCCGCGUGGCAGACGCGGCCCGUCUGCCUCCCGUCCUCGGCUUCAUUGUCGCUGGCUUCUGCUCAAGACCCAUCACCGACUCCAUCACUGCGUCCGCCGCACCCUACAUACAGACGCUCGCUUUCCUCGUCGUCCUUGUCCGCGCCGGUCUUGAAAUCGAGCUCACUGACCUGAAUCGCGUCACGGUGCCGCUCGGCCUGCUGCCGGUGCUUGCAGAUGGAUCAGCAAUCAUGGCGACUGCGAUUGAAAGUGGCGUUCUCUGUUCACGCCCGUGGCUGCGAUCAGGCGCGGCUUACUUUCUGCUGCUCGCGCUGCUGCGGCAGCGCGGCGCGCUCGUGCACACGGCGGCGCCGCUCUACUUCUCCGCUCCGAUGGGCCUCGAUUGCGCGCGGCACGCGCGGCGGCUGCUCGAGGAGACUGCGGCGCACAAGCGCUCUCUCGUGCGGUACGGCGCAUACGCGCUGUCGGACGUGGUGGCGCUGCUCCGCUACCGGCCACUCGGCGCGGCGGCUCAGGCCGAGCUGAUGCCGGGCGUGUACUCGCUGAUCGGCAUGUGCACGCAGGUGGAGCUGCAGGAGCUGCACGCCAACUCGGACCCCGUCGGGAAGCGCAUCCUGGCCGACCUGCUCGAGGGGUACCAGACGUCGCACAAGUACCGCGGGUGA